CUUUUCUCUUGUAUUGAGGAUUUCUCUGGUGUGAAAGGUCACGCGAACGCGAGCAACUUCCUUUCCCGUUUACGUCGGCCAUAGUACACCAUCACAAUGGGCAAGUUCAUGAAACCUGGGAAGGUGGUGAUGGUCCUGGCUGGACGCUACGCAGGACGUAAAGCCGUCAUUGUCAAGAACAUUGAUGAUGGUACAGCUGACCGCCCAUACAGCCACGCUCUGGUCUCUGGCAUUGACCGCUACCCUCGCAAGGUGACCACAACCAUGGGCAAGAAGAAGAUUGCCAAGAGGUCCAAAAUCAAGGCAUUCGUCAAGGUCUUCAACUACAACCACCUUAUGCCAACCAGGUACUCUGUUGACAUUCCCCUGGACAAAACAGUUGUCAACAAGGAUGUCUUCAGGGACCCGGCUCUGAAGCGCAAAGCCAGGCGCGAGGCUAAGGUCAAGUUUGAGGAGAGAUACAAGACCGGCAAGAACAAAUGGUUCUUCCAGAAGCUCAGAUUCUAGGCUCUCAAUCGUUUCUCAAAUAAAAAUGUAAAAUACA